AAUUAGGAACGCAAAACCCUUGCUUUCAUUUUUGGCGGGAGGAUAGAAAGAAAUCCUUGCGAAGAAUCCAAUCGAAUGGCGGAGAUGACCCCUGAGCAGGUAGAGGAAGAGUUCAGCGUAUGGAAGAAGAACACCCCAUUCCUCUACGAUCUCAUCGUUUCUCACCCGCUCGAGUGGCCUUCUUUGACUGUCCACUGGGUACCUUCUUCUCCCACCCCUUAUGGAGCCGACCCUACUUUAAACGUUCACAAGAUUGUCCUCGGCACCCACACCAGCGGUGGCGCCACGGAUUUCCUCAUGAUUGCAGACGCAAUACUCCCCACCCUUGCCUCUGAAUCCAACAUCGCCUCUAAAAAUGAUGACCCAAUUAUCCCUAAGGUGGAGAUAACACAGAAAAUGCGUGUUGAUGGGGAAGUCAACAGGGCUAGAUGUAUGCCGCAAAAUCCGGUUAUUAUCGGUGCAAAGACCAGUGGCUGUGAGGUUUUUGUGUUUGAUUACGCCAAGCAGGCAGCAAAGGAGCAAGAGGGUGAAUGUGUUGCUGAUUUGAGGUUGAGGGGUCAUGAUAAAGAAGGGUAUGGAUUAUCGUGGAGUCCGUUUAAGGAGGGUUAUCUUCUUAGUGGUUCACAAGACCAUAAGAUAUGCCUGUGGGACUUGUCAGCUUGGCCUCAAGAUACUGUUCUUGAUGCUACGCAUGUUUAUGAGGCCCAUAAGAGUGUGGUUGAAGAUGUAUCAUGGCAUCUGAAGAAUGAGAAUCUAUUUGGUUCGGCCGGUGAUGAUUGUCAGUUGAUGAUCUGGGACUUGCGCACUAACCAAACCGAACAACAUGUUAAAGCUCAUGAGAGAGAGAUCAAUUAUUUGUCGUUCAAUCCCUAUAAUGAGUGGGUUCUGGCCACAGCAUCUUCUGACUCCUCCAUAUGUUUGUUUGAUAUGCGAAAGCUGACUGUUCCUUUGCAUGUUUUAAGCAGUCACAGUGGAGAAGUCUUCCAGGUAGAAUGGGAUCCUAAUCAUGAGACGGUGCUGGCAUCUUCUGGUGAUGAUAGAAGAUUGAUGAUUUGGGACCUUAACAGGAUUGGAGAAGAGCAAUUAGAAAUCGAGUUAGAUGCAGAUGAUGGCCCUCCUGAGCUUCUUUUUGCUCAUGGGGGCCAUAAAGCUAAAAUUUCGGAUUUCUCAUGGAACAAAAAUGAGCCAUGGGUGAUUUCGAGUGUAGCCGAGGAUAAUACUCUUCAGGUGUGGCAAUUGGCAGAGAGUAUAUAUCGAGACGACGAUGACAUUCAAACCGCCGAGGAGUGAGGACUAUCACAUAGUUCAUAGAUAUUGGUUUUAGAGUCUUAUAUUAUCAUAUUUUCUAAGUGAGCAACUUUAGGAGUGUUGAACAUGUAAUUUAAUAUUCAAACCUUCCGUCUGCUAUAAUUAGCUUAUUUAAGGUUGAUUUACUGUUGAACUAAAGUUUCUGUA